GUUGAUCGGGGGCUAGGCUCGACGGAAGGUGGGGGGGUCUCGGGUUUGGGCUCGACGGCGCAUGGGCUAGGUAUUUUCUCAGUCUAUUCCCUCUCUCAGUCACUCAGGUUAUAUAAUAAGCGGUUAGGUAUGAGAUAUGGGCGAAAUCCAUACUGGAGCUUUCCGUGGACUUCUCCUAUUACAGAGGCUGACUACAAAGAUGUACCAUUUGUUACUUUAAUGGAUGUUCUUACCUAUCCAGAGGUUACAGCUAAGUUCCUAUGUGUUGUACGGGUAGUAGCAUUGUAUCCAUGGCAGGCUAAAGAUUUCUGUUCUUGUGGAAUUUACCGAGUUAGGCUGACCUUAGAGGACCCAACUGCCAGAAUUCAUGUAUAUUUAUAUGGGGAAGAUGGUAACAAGUUUUUUGGUGAUCAACCAGCUAUUGAUGUACUGACGAAUAAGCGAAAUGCAUUGCUUGGAGUGGCUACAAAUGAUGAUGGAAAAGAAGUGGAGGAAGAUGCUAGAAAUCCACCAUGGGUGAAAUGUUGCCUGAAAUCUUAUUAUCUGGAUAAAUCUAAUAUUUGGGGGAGUCGACCGUAUCAAAUAUUUGGCACUAGAUUGGUGGUUGAUUAGGAUAGAUACUCAUUGUCUAGUAUGUUGGUUGGAAAUUGUAUAGUAUG